CCUCGCUCGUUUGCGAUCCACUGCCAUGCCUCUGCACUGCCUCCCCUCUCUCCCUCUCCUCCCUACCGUCCUAUCCCCGCUUCUCCCUGCCUCUCAUUUCCUCUCCCCGUCCUGCCCUCCUCUGCCCGUCCGGCCGUGCCCCUCUGUACCCCUUCCCCCUUACAGCUGCACCUGAUGGGCGCGUUUGACGACGACCCAGGGCACGCGGAGAGCAUCCUCGCCGCGUGGGAGGAGCAGCAGGAGAGGCAGGAGCGGCAAGAGCAGCAUUCACAGCAUUCCCCCCGUCCCCCGUGCCCUCCUGCCCCCCCGCAGCUGCACCUGGUGGGCGCGUUUGACGACGACCCGGGGCACGCGGAGAGCAUCCUCGCCGCGUGGGAGGAGGAGCAGGAACGACAGGAGCAAGAGCGCAUGCGGCAGCAGCAGCAGCAGCAGCAGCAGCAGCAGCAGCAGGGUUACUUGGAGAGGAGCAGCAGUGGGCGCCAGUCAGGCUGCAAGCGCAGGCGAGCCACUAGCCCUGCAGCCAGUGGCGGGGGCGACAGGGGCAUGCGCGCAGGAGCAGGAGCAGAAGAGAGAGCAAGAUUAGGAGCAGGAGGUGCCGUUGGCAGUGCAUCGCCGUCUCAAGCCACAGCACCCAUGCAUCCCUUAAACCUGGAUGGCACCCCAGACCGUCACCACACACCACUGCACCUUCCUCCGUCUUCUCUGCUUCCUCCGCUUCCCACCGCCACCCCCAACGACCUGUAUUACUCACUCUCGCGCCCAGACAACGCCCCCUUCGGCCCCCCUCUCUCCGCGGGCACGUCCCUCCCCGUAGCCUGCGCGCUGGUGACCGCGCUGCACGCGCUCCCGCGCCCCUUCCACCUCUGCACGCUCGCGCUGCUGCCCCUCAACACCACGUGGGACCCCUCCCGCCGCGCCCCUGUCCCCCGCACGCGCGGACUGGCGGUCCACGUGGCGUCUGGGGAGGCUUCCCCGCGCGUGUUCACCCCAGAGGAGCGCGGGCCUGAUGCUGUGCUGCGCUCCGUGCUGCUCUUCUUUGGGGAAGGGGGCGAGGGGGAGGAGGAGGGGAAGGGGGACGCGGAAGGGGAGGCGGGUGGGUGGUGGGGAGGGGUGUCGGGGGAGGAGGAGCGGUUGGUGGCGGAGGGGCGCGAGGGGGAGAGGCGGGAGGGGCUGUGUAAUGAGGGAAAUCCUUGCACGCCUGAGAAAGGGCGGCCAGCUGAUGCUGCUGGCAUUGGUGGCAGUCCGGCUAGCGGUGGUACUCCUGGCAGCACUGGCGCGGGCAGCACACGCGCUCACAGCACUCCCUCUUCCUCCCCUCUCAUUCCCUCCUCUCUCUCCUCCUCCUCUCCCUCUCCUCUCCUCUCCUCCUCCUCAUUCUCCCCCCUCCUUUCCUCUUCGCCGUCUCCCUCCCUGCCCCCACUCGCAUCCUCUCCCUCUCUGCUCUCCACCCUUCCCCCCACCGCGCUGGCACCGCUCUGCACCGCUCUGUGCGGCCCUCUCUGUCCCCAAGGCCGCCUCACCCGCUUCUACGACACUCAGAUAGACCGAUUCGUGCUGCCGCCCACCAGGCUGAUGGACGCGGCAGCACUAGCGCGGCAGCGGCUGAGCAUGACGGAUCACGAGCUGCUGCACGCCAACUCCACGUCGCCCCUCGCCGAGGGACCCGACUUCCUGCCCUUCAUCCGCAGCUGCUACCGCCUGCUAGCCCAGUCGCCAGACACAGACACGCUCUUCCCCAGCGGAGCCCCUCGGGUCUUCACCCGCGACCCCUCCUAUUUCUCCCAGUCACCAGACAGUGACACGCUCUUCCCUAGUGGAGCUCCCCGGGUCUUCACCCACGACCCCACCUCCCGUGCCCUCUGCCAUUCCUUCACCUCCGUUUCACCCCCUCCCGUUCCCCCUGCCCAUCCCUGCAGCUGCUACCGCCUGCUAGCCCAGUCGCCAGACACAGACACGCUCUUCCCCAGCGGUGCCCCCCGCGUCUUCACGCGCGAUCCCAUCUCCCAGCGCUGGCAGCGCGCGCCACCGCCCCUGCCCCUUUACUUCCUCUCAACCUCCCCUUCUGCUCCUCUCCCCCUCUCCCCCCCGCCCUCCCCUUCAGCUGCUACCGGCUGCUAG